AAUGCUCCCUAAUCUUCCACAUGUUCAAAACUCUCGGCCGCCUCACAUGUCCGCGUUGCACGCGUCCUCCGCGCACGCGCGCGCUAUCCCGCACGCCUCACCUGCGCCGCCCUCCUCUUGCGCGCGUGUGCCCAGUGCCUCGCCUAGUCCCGUGCGGACUAGGUCUCUCGCGUCUGACUGCCAAUCGCGCGCCAUUCUGCGCGCCUCGCUUUCGCUGCCUGCACCCCGCGCGUGCGUGCCCCUCUCGCCUAUGCCUAUUGCGCAUAGGCAUGCGCCCGCGUCUUCGCUGCACUCGCGCGCUAUCGCGCGCGCCUCGCUAUCGCUGACCUUCCUGCGCGCGUCCGCGCCCGCCAGUCCUAUGUCCUCACGGCUUAGGCUUCGCGCAUCUCGCUACCACGAGGGCCGACGAUGCCACGAACGACGGGACGAGGGACGUGCCCGAUACCACGAACGCGAUGAUCCACGGGAUGAUGGGGCGGGCACACGGCCAAAAAUUGUGAUGCCCACGUUCACGGGGACAGAUCCGGACGCAUGGUUGAGUCGGGCUGUGCAAUUUUUUGAGAUCAAUGAUGUGCCAAGGUACGAACGAGUUCAAAUUGCUGCCUAUCACCUUGAUGGGGAAGUAAACGUUUGGUGGCAGUGGAUGAUGCACAAAAACCAUGGCGAGUACAUGCGAUGGAGAGAUUUCAAAAAAGAGCUUAUCACGAGGUUUGGCUCGAGUGACUACCACGACUACAACGAGGCGUUGUCAAGGAUCAAACAAGUGGGUAGUCUGAGAGAUUAUCAAAAAGAGUUCGAGCGAAUCGCUAGUAGGGUACGAGAUUGGCCCGAGGCUGCAUUGGUAGGAACGUUUGUUGGGGGACUAAAGGCUGAGCUGGCAGCCGAGGUAAGAUUGGAAAGGCCAGGUUCGAUGCGAGCGGCUAUAGA